AUGGGUCCAUAUUACCCUCAUAUUUAAUAACCUUAAUUGCAUCCAUAGAUUAAUUAAUAGUAAAGUACACCACAAUAACUUUAGUAAAAUAUAAUCUAAAAUCGACCAAAUAUAAAAGAAGAAGAGCUAGAUGAUAAUAAAUAAUUUAAAGGAAAUUGGCUGCAAUAAAAAAAAUAAUGA